AUGAUUGCCUCCAAGGGGAAAGGGAAGGCCGCAAGGGCAGGCCCCAGCGUAGGCAAGAACACUGAACACAUGUCCAUGUCGAGUCUGACAUCAGCCAAGGCGAGCCGACAUAUUGUCACCCCUGUGAAUCAACACCAAGUUCCAAAUAAGGAUCUCAAGGCUAUUGUUCCUUUAACAACGGAGUUGGAGUCAGAAUUCAAGGUUCUAAUUCAAGAACCCUCCCUGAAUGAUGAUUUAGGGGGAUCUACCCCUAUUGACAUGGGGAGAGAUGGCUCCCCGGCUAGGAAAUAUCUUUGUAGCCCAAGCAACAAAAUGGUUGGUGAUGCGCUCAGCAAGCUGUUGUUCAGGCAACACAAGAGUAGCACUGGCGUUUCCAGUGAUGCUUCACCACCUCGUAAGCGAGGUCCCCAACCUCAUCAGGACAUUUGCGUUGAGCCAAAACCUCAAAAGUUAUCCCACCUGGGCCGGAUAAUGACCAUGGACCAAUUCUCGACCAUUGCGCCUUCUCUGCAACAAACAUGGUCCCCAGGGGGAUGA